AUGGCGCUGCGUCGCAUUGUGUUCGCUUCGGCAUGUGCUGCCGCCUCAGCUCGCUUUGCUUCCUGGGAAAGCCAUGGAGAGCUGAUGGACGAGGAGGCCUUGAAACAAAAGGCCGUGACCCAGGAGUUGAUCGAUGCGGUGAACUCCGCAGAAGGCAAGACAUGGGUGGCAGGUGAAAAUGUGCGCUUCGCUGGUGCAACGUUGCACGAUGCGAAGAUUUUGAUGGGCACCUUGCAGGAUGUGGAGAAUAUCACUGUGCUGCCAUACAAGGCGGUGGAGAAAGUGGUGGACCUUCCAGAGCAGUUCGACUGGCGCACAGACGCUCGUGCCACGAACUGUGCAAGCCUGAAGGAGAUCCGUGACCAGGCUAUGACAGACCGCAUUUGCAUUGCCAGCAAGGGCCAGAAGAAGAUUCAUCUUUCUGCGGAGGAUGUUACUUCAUGUGACACAUUGGGAGAUAUGGGCUGCAACGGAGGAAUCCCUUCCACGGUCUACACUUAUUACAAGAGUUUCGGGAUUGUGGAUGGUGGCAACUACGGUGACAAGUCCAUGUGCUACUCUUAUCAGCUGAAGCAACCCCCCAAGUGUGCCCGCAAGUGUGUGGACAACGGUGCCUCGUGGCGUGGCAGCAAGCACUACGGCACUGGUGGCUACAGUGUUUGCCAGCAAGGGGACAGCAAGUGCGCUGAUGCUAUGAUGCAGGAGAUCUAUCAGAAUGGCCCUAUCACUGGAAUGUUCUUUGUGCAUCAAAGCUUCCUUUCCUACAAGUCAGGUGUCUACAAGGCUGGUUUCUUCUUCAAGGACCCAAUGCUCGGUGGGCAUGCCAUCAAGAUCAUGGGCUGGGGAACUGAGAAUGGAACUCCUUAUUGGCUC